ACUUAGUAGCUUUCAAGAAACCAGACCUUAUAUAGGAUAACCUGUAAUAAGCAACCGUGAGCAUCUUUUUGACCCUAGUUUAAGAUAAAAGUACUGAGAUUUACUGAUUUAGUGAACAUGUAGAGAGAUCAGAGAGUGUCAGAUAGCGAACUUUGAUGCGAGAAAAAUGUGGAAAAAAUAACAAGAUUGGUUUAAAUGUGAAAACUGUUCAAGGACCACAGAGUUUGUAAGGCUAAUGAGAAGAAAUGAAAAAAAACAUUCUUGUCUAUGACGUUAUCCUAAGUUGCAAGUUUAUCAAAGUGAGGGCUAUUGAUAGAUGUUGACCUUGAAAUUUACUCCAGGUUCUGAAUUCACUGUUUUACCUUGUGUUGAGAGAGGGUACAAUUCCAAGAGUAAAGAUGGCCACUUUUUGGGUGCUCUGUAGAGUCUUUAAAAGGAAAUCAAGGUGUUGGAACCACAAAGGUAAUAAUGUCUCUCGACCCCAUCUAAUUGAAUGCCAAUCCAUGUCAGAGACCGGGAAAAGGGGCGCUUACAGGACCUAAACAGAGACAUCUUCUGUUGUGUUUCUCCAUCUAUAUAUCAGAGUGACGCCAAGAGAGCAGCCUUUGUGAUUAUAGUGAUCACUAUAAUGAUAGCUAUUCCAUACAUUAUACACAGUGGAGGAUCAGACUGAAGCUUCUUCUCCCUUCAGUAAAUUAGUCUAAAUUGUGUUGCGGAUAAUGGGUAGAUCACCGUGUUGUGAUAAGGCCGGGUUGAAGAAAGGGCCUUGGACACCAGAAGAGGAUCAGAAACUUUUGGCUUAUAUUGAAGAACACGGCCAUGGAAGCUGGCGUUCUUUGCCUGAGAAAGCCGGUCUGCAAAGGUGCGGAAAGAGUUGCAGACUCAGAUGGACUAACUACCUAAGACCUGACAUUAAGAGAGGCAAAUUCACUGUACAAGAAGAACAAACCAUCAUUCAACUCCAUGCUCUCCUCGGAAACAGGUGGUCAGCGAUUGCAACUCACUUACCGAAAAGGACAGACAACGAGAUCAAGAACUACUGGAACACACACUUGAAGAAGCGUCUGCUUAAAAUGGGAAUCGAUCCAGUGACUCACAAGCACAAAAACGAGACCCUUUCGUCUUCCACAGGUCAAUCCAAGAACGCAGCCACGCUUAGCCAUAUGGCUCAAUGGGAGAGUGCUAGGCUCGAAGCUGAAGCAAGACUAGCUAGAGAAUCAAAGCUUCUCCAUUACCAAAACAAUAACCUUAACAAAUCAGCUCCUCAACAACACUGCUUCACUCACAAAACAUCAACAAUUUGGUCAACAAAACCAAACGAAGGAACAGGAGAUCAACAGCUUGAAUCUCCGACAUCGACGGUGACAUUCUCAGAGAAUCUUCCUCUGAUGAUCAUGCCUUUAGGAAUUCCAACGGACAAUAGAAAUAGAAACAAUAAUAACAAUGAAUCAUCUGAGAUUCCGGCGAGGAUGGAAUUCGCCGUCUCUUCCUCAACCUCCUCCGAUGUGAGUCUGGUGGUUAAAGAACACGAACACGACUGGAUUAGGCAAAUCAACUGUCCUUGUCCUACGGAAGGAAUAGGAGAAGGAUUCACGAGCCUUCUCCUCGGUGAUCCGAUUAGUCGGAGUCUACCCACCGGGAAAAACGAGGCUCCGUCCUCCUCCGUCGCCGGAGCCGGCGAGAGUGAGUUCAACUACUAUGAAGAUAACAAGAACUACUGGAAUAGCAUUCUCAACUUGGUUGAUUCUUCACCGUCCGAUUCUCAAGCCAUGUUCCGAUCUUAAUAAGGGUCUUACAGUCAUUCCCCAAAAAAAACAUUUUUAAUUCUCUCAGAUUGUUUUUUUUUAAUUGUCGAUAGCUUUCCAAUACUUUUAUUUUCGUUAUAUUAUUAUUAUUAUUACA